CCAGCCUGCCCCACGCAUUAACAGAUACCGAAUCGCAAGCCGCCGACGACGACGACGAUGGCGACCGAAGGUAUGCAUGAUGUGAACUGGCACAAGAUCUUUCCCAAGCGGAUCCCUGUGAUUCUCCGGGACCUGGCGCCGCAGAACGCGUUCAACCCGACGAACUUGUGGCCGGAAGAGGCCGCGGCUGGCGGGGCCGCCCCUGCGACUUCGCCCGACGCCGAAAAGGGCAAGAAGGAAAAGAAGGACAAGAAGGCGCCCGUGUUGAAGAAAGCCGACUUGAUCCGUUUGCAGUUAGCCAAGGAUCUUGAAGAGAAAAAGGCCAAGCAGGACGAAGAAAAGCUCAGCAACGCCAAGUUUGUGAACCUCAUGGACAUGAAGAUGGCGACCGCGGCCGGCCGCAUGAAGCAACUAUACGAGAUCAAGAAGGAAUUCCUCGCCAAGAAGAACUACAUCGACGCCGUCGACACGUUGUGGGAGAUCCAGCACACGACCAAUACGCCCACCGAGGACGAAGUUGUCGUGCACAAAAAGUACAAAAAGUACGCGAAAAAGGCGAUCGAUUACCUCAAGGACACGCCGCUGAUUCCGUUCCAGCUCACGGAAAUGAGCGACCGAUUGCCGCCGCUUAACUUGCACCACAUGAACAAGUUCAUUUUGGAUAAGUGGCAGAAGGAAGUGCUCACGCACAUCGACCAGAAGCACUCGGUGGUCGUGUGUGCGCCCACAAGUAGCGGGAAAACGGUAUUGUCGUCAUACGUGUCUGUGAUCGGGGGCAAAGUGCUGUUUUUGGCGCCGACGGAGCCGCUGGUGUGGCAGGUGGCGGCGCUGUUUCAAGCGAUGGUCAAGGGCACCGUGGCACUGGUCACCAAGGGCACGGUGUUCCUUCCCGAGGGCUUCCGCAUCUGCGUGGGUACCCCCGCCGCCGUCGAGUCGGCGCUGCUCGACAUUGGGUACGACUUUCAAUAUUGCGUAUUUGACGAAGUGCACGACUUGAACGGGGUCGAGGGCGAUGCAUUGGAGCGCAUAGUCAAGAGCAUGUCGUGUCCGUUCCUGGCGCUGUCGGCUACGAUCGGCAACGCGACCAAAGUCGUCGAGUGGUGGCGCGAGUUCCACCCGAACCCGAUCCACCUGCUCGAGUACCGCGGCCGCUUCAUCAACCUCCAGCGCCUCGUGUUUCAAAAGACCAAGGUCGUGCCGCUGCAUCCGUGCGCGGCCGUGACACUCGAGUACCUUGUGGACCAGGGCUUUGCGGCUGGCGACUUGGCCUUCACGCCUCGCGACACGUACGCGCUAUGGAACGCCAUGUGGAAGGUGUACCCCCACGAAUUGAUUCAAGACAUUGCGCCUGAAACGUACUUUGAGUCGCUGGUCCAGUCAUCGUCGGGCCACACCGUGUCGGCGACUGGCGCUUCUGCGUCGUCUGGUGUCGACGCGAAGAAGAGCAAGAAAAAGGACGACAAAAAGUCGACCAGCAAGAAAUCGACCAAAAAAGCCAAGGGGGAUGACGACGACGACGACGAUUUGAGCUUUUUGAACCCCAUGUGCCACCGCAUCACGCUGCUCGAAAGCAAGCAGUACGAAGAAGUGGUCAAGGCGCGACUGCAGGCUCUGGCGGCGACGUACCCCGCAGAGACGCAGACAUUGCUUAAAGAGCUGGGCCUGUCCACGUUGGAAUCGACCGAGUUGGACGUGACAGCGUUGAUUCUGGACCUAGUGGCCAAGCAGCUGAUCCCCGCGAUUUGCUUUCAGCUCGACUCGGUGCGGUGCCGUCAGUUGUUUGACGAGCUCUUGGCCGGCAUCGAAGCGGCGCAGGACGCCAAGUACCCUGGCUAUCGCCUCAAGCUCGAAGAAGACCACGCCGAGUGGGAAAAGCAGCAGGAAGUGGCCAAGAAGGCCAAGGCCAAGAGCAAGUCGCUGCAAGAAGACCAAGAACGGGAAGCGCAAGAGUUUCAGGAAUCCAACGCCCCCGACAUCCACGCGCCGCAUCCCGAGUUUGUGCUCACGCCGCCGGGGUUUCGACUGUCGGCGGCGGAAUUCCGUGAAAUCAAGUGGCAACUGCGCCGCGAAUUGUCGGAGAGCUCGGACGACGGACACCCGUUGGUGCGAUCGUUGCGCCGUGGGAUUGCCAUCUACAACGAGAACCUUCCGGCCGCGUACCUUCGCAUCGUACAGGCACUGGCCCAAGUCGGUCGGCUAGCGGUGGUGUUUUCCGACGAGGCGCUGGCGUACGGUGUCAACAUGCCGUUCCGCACUUGCUGCUUUUGCGAAGACGCGCCGACGCUGAGCUCGCUCAUGGUGCAGCAGAUGGCCGGGCGCGCGGGGCGUCGUGGGCUGGAUCGGCAGGGGAACAUUGUGUUUAGCGGCAUCGAGUGGGGCCGCAUGCAGGAACUCAUGCGCGGCCUUCUGCCCAACGUGGACGGCAACACGCACAACCUGUACCCGACGCUGUGCUUGCAGUCGUUCUUGUCGCCCCACGUCACCCCCGAGCUCGUGACCCGCAUGGCCAGCCAUUCGCUACCCCACUUCAUGCGCGGCCAAGUCGUGUCGGACUAUUUGGAUCAAAGCCGCCAGUUUAUGACGGCCGUGGGCCUGCUGUCGCCUUCAGGACAACUGAACGUGGACACGUCGAUCGCGCGGCUGAUUUGGGAAUGCCGCAAGGACGUGGCGGAAUCGAUUGGGAUUUUCCACCUGCUCGAACUCAUGCUCACGGAAUUUGGGCGUGUGCCGGGCGACAACAUUGGCCACCAGCUGGCGCUGUUCAACAUGCUUCUGCGCGUGGUGGGCCGCGAGCCGUACCAUGCCGAGUACGCGCACGGGUCUGCGCUGUCGGUCGUGUCGGGCCAGGAGGCGGUGUGGGACAAAGUAACGGUCAUCCUGCAGGCGUUGCACGACAAGGUGGCGGCACUCGGGUGUCCGGACCUGGUGCUGCCGGUGGCGUUGGAUGCGCCCCUGGACGGAUACGUUUGGAGCACGCUGGUGGAGAAUGUGAUUCCUACGGGGCUCAAGACGGCGCAGCUGAACGCGAUCAAGAAGCGGCUGUGGCACGUCGGCGACAAGCUCCGACUCAUGCACAACCUGCUCAUGUACAGCGGGCGGUAUGGCGUGCUGGAAGAGAUUGUGCGCAAAUGCUUUCGCCGCAUCAAGUGGAUCUUGAUCGACUCGGAAGUCUAACCAAUGGCCCAUCGAAUCGAAACUCGAGUAGGAGGAUCGAAUGUCUUAAAGAAACGAUUAAACAACCGCCUAAGCCAAUCAUAUCACGUUGUGGUCAUUUUCAGCCAA